GACUAGGAGCAUCUUUGUUGCAAGUCGGUUUUCUUUUCUACUUUUUUGUUAAAAGGAAAAGCAAGUCAAGUCAAGAAGCACCUGCAUAGCUUCCCCGAAACUUCCGCAUAAUGCUGCGAAUAUUACGCGUGCAAUAACUCAGCAUUCUUUAAGCGGUCAGCAAUCAUCAUUGUUCAAGCACGCAUAGUAGAGAGUGUUGUGUGUUGCUAAUCCAACGUCCAAGGCUGAGGAUCGGGUUGUGUUGUUUGAACACUCCUCAGAUCUGAGUUUGAGUCCUGCGAAACACUUUUGCUAUUCCCAGAUCUGGGAAUCCAUAUUUCUCCCCUGUUUCCUUCUCCAUCAAUCUCUUUUACAAUCCUCUCGAGAUGAAAAGACAAAAACCCACUCCUUCAGAAGAUCCGAUCUAUGAGGUGUCUUCCUCAUGGACCACUCCACACGUAGGUGAUUAUGAAGACGGAACCAAAAGGCCAAAGGGAAAUGAUUAUGAAGUUUUCUUGAGUUUCAGAGGGGAAGACACUCGCAAAAACUUCACUGAUUAUCUCUAUACUAGCCUUAUCAGUGCAGGAAUUCAUGUAUUCAGAGAUGACAAUGAGCUCCGUGUUGGUGAGGAGAUUGGUCCGGAGCUUCUCUACAACAUUACACAGUCCACGAUCUCGAUCCCAAUUAUCUCUAAGAACUACGCUUCUAGCAAAUGGUGCCUUUGUGAGCUGGUUCAAAUGUUGAAGUGCAAGAGAAGCAGAGGGCAAAUAGUGUUGCCCAUAUUUUACAAAGUGCAACCCUCACAUCUUAAAAGGGGCUUGGGAGAUGCUAUUGUUGCCCAUAAAGAGAAUUUGGACGAAAUGGAUGUAAAGGAAUGGGAAGAAGCGCUCAAAGAAGUCAAAUCCUUGAAAGGAUGGGAAUCGGAGAAAAUUGAAAAUGGGUACAUUAACAUCCACUAAAUUGUUGUUUAUUUUUCACAUAUAGAUCUUUCUUGAAAAAGAAUAUACAUAUUCCCUCCUGUGCUGAAAUUCAUCGUUAUUUGACAAGCAUGAAGGAGCAUUGGUCAAAAUUGUUGUCACAAAAGUUAUGAGCGAGUUAAAAAGAACUUUUCAGCUAACUGUUCCCCAACAGUUGGUUGGAAUUGACGAUCGUAUCGAUGACAUUAUGAGCUGGAUAGAUGAUAAAUUUAAUGAUACAAAGAUUAUCGGACUUUAUGGAAUGGGCGGCAUCGGUAAGACGACUCUAGCAAAGGUGUUGUACAACAAACUCUCUAGUCAUUUUGAGUAUCGUAGCUUCGUGGCAAAUAUUCGAGAAACAUCUCAACGCCAGGGUAUUGAAUGCAUACAGGACAAACUAAUUUCUGAUAUAAUCAGAAGUUCGUGUCAUGUGUCUAAUGUUGACGAGGGAAUAGGUGUCAUCAAAUCUCGAUUU